AUGCGACCAUUCACCCCAAACACCAGGGCCUUACCUGGCCACACACCACGAACCGCAACGCCUGUCAAGUCUAUUCUGAAACCUGCUUCCGUAUUGGGGAGAAGGAAAGAGGUGCACAACGAGACCGAUUCUACAUCUGUAGCGCCGCCCGACAGCCCAACAAAGCGACGCAAAGUUUUUUUUGACGACAUUCGAAAUGUAACGUACGAAGUUGGCCGCAGAACAAUGGACGACGUCAAAUUGGAAGUACGGGCCGCCCUGGAGGACCAUCUCCGCGGCAAUGGUGGCCAGUACGACAUGCUGAAGGAGCUAUUUGCCAAGGACAGACAAAGGUACCUGCCUCCAGUGGUAGGAGAAGACGACGAUACUUUGAAACCAUACGAACUCCAAGUUUAUGUUAUGGCUUUGACGAGCUGCAUACCUAUUCUGAAAGGGAAAGAAUGCAGCGGUUUGGUGAGGACAAUAUUGCAGUGCUCUUGGCUGGGACGAGACGCCGCCUUCGCAAAGGUUUUUACGCACUUCUUGGCUGCCCUUGUCAGUGCGCAAGGGUCUUACCUCGUACCCGUCCUGUCAAUGAUGGUGGAAAAAUUUCGCGACAGUCGACCCUCCGCCUGGUCCGUACCAGAUUUCCCCGAGGUGAGCAGGGCCAUAAUGCGUGAUCGGCUACACUCUGGCAUCGAAUAUAUCCUGCAGAUGUUCCCAUCCGCGGUGGCAGUGCUGGAGAACUUGCUCAGCUCCAAGUUCCCCUUCCCCGACGACUCGGUCCGAGUCCACAUGGCCUAUAUCCACAACCUGCUUCAAGUCAAGAAAUACGUGCCUGAUUUGCAAGAUGAGAUCCUGGACCUCAUCUUGAACCGAGUCGUUAAAAUCGAUUCCCAGAUGCAGGUGGACCUAGAAGACUUGGACGAUGACGUUACCGCAGCCGUUAUGUACGCGCUGCGGGAGAAUCAGCGACAGCCGUCGGCCUGGGAGGAUGAUGAUUCUGACGACAGCGACAACGAGUCAAUUGACAGCGAAGAUCUUGAUUACGACAAGGAAGCGGUGCGGAUUAAGGCUGUUAAGGACAGUGUAGAGAAGAUGGAUGCGGUUCUGGAUACACUCUUUAGCGUCUACAGCCCACACUUUGUAAAUCCUGGGUCCGACAACGCAUUCGACAUGUUUACCACGAUUCUUCGCGAGUUUGACCACAUGGUAUUACCUACGUAUAAAUCAAGACACACGCAGUUUCUGAUAUUCCAUUUCGCGCAACGACACGAGCGUCUCAUCGAUGCGUUCUGUGGCCAGCUUAUGGCCACUGCAUUUCAAUCAAACACGCCAAACGUGUUGAAGCAAGCCGCCGCAGCCUAUCUGGCGAGUUUUGUGGCUCGCGGAGCGCAUGUCCCACCUAGCUUGGUGCGAACCAUGUUCACACUGCUCCUUCAUCAUCUUGAGCAGUACAGAAGAAAGUACGAGCCGUUGUGCCGCGGACCAGACUUGAAGAGAUUUCACCCAUACUAUUCCCUUGUUCAAGCUACGCUCUACAUUUUCUGCUUUAGAUGGCAAGAUUUGGUAGUGUCUGCCCCCGAAGUCGUGGACCCGGAGGAUCCGGCAUCCUACAUUGGGCAGGAUUUGGAAUGGAUCGGAACUUCAAGAAAAGAUCUGUCAGUGCAAAUCUUUGGCAAACUCAAUCCGCUCAAGGUGUGCGCGCCUGUAAUCGUGGACGAGUUCGCCAAGCUAGCACAUCGCCUAAACUUCGUUUAUAUUUAUCCGUUGGUGGAGAGCAACAAGCGCGUCCGGUUGACCCAAUUCCUCUCGGCGACGUACUCUACGGGUGGCGCAUUGCGAGAUGCCGGAUACGAAGGGCAAGGGGAGAGCUAUCAUCAACUCGACCCAUACUUUCCGUUUGAUCCAUACCAGCUGCCGAUCAGCAAGCGAUGGCUGGCGGAUGACUACGUGCACUGGAAGUCGGUGCCUGGCCUGAACCAAGAUAACGACGAUGAUGACGAGAGCGAUGGCAUGGAAGAGGAGGACGACAACGAGGAGUUGGUAGAGGAGACAGCAACGGACACUGACGGUGAUCACUAUUGA